AGCGGGAGUGGGUCGACUUUGAGGCACCAUCAAAGCGGAAAGCUUCACAGGCGUGCAGUCACAAUUGAGAGUGUCAGUGCUGUGGUGCGGUGUAAUUGUCUCUGCCGACAAAAUGGUAAACACAAAUGGAUUAAUUUACAAUGGAAAAAAAUAUCAUAGAGGCAAUGGUCAUGGAGGAUUGGAUGAGAGGACAGUGGGGACAUUCACUGAGGAACCUUUCCUCAAACCCAGAGUCACAGAACAGAGCCUUGCUGGUGUGCUGUUCCUCAUCACCGUAUUGAUUCUCAUUGGGAAAUUGACCUUCAUGUUAAAAUCAUCCGUUCAAUCUGCACUUCAGUGGAGGCAGCUGGUGAAAAGAAUGUGGACAGAUCCAACGUCUGGGCAAGAUUUUAUAACUUUUUCCUGGGAAUCUGGAUUCCGAGGGCAAUUUCUGAUUUGGCCUCUUGUUUGUGGAUUCAUUGCAUUUAUCUUCACAUGGUUUAUGAUUUAUUUUGAUAGUAGAAUUCCGGGUGUUGAUCCCCUGUUGCCUUCCAUUUUUGGACAAUCAUCCGGAUCUACAAAAUAUUUAUCAGAGAAGAAUAGAAGAUGGCCUUUAGCAUACAAGACAAGCGUUCUUGUUGGUCUUCUAGCAUUUACACUUAUGCUCGUCAGUCCAAAAUUGUAGAAAAGAACAUCAACGAAAGCCAUCACUCAAAAGACUAAUUUAAUUUAAUUUCUAUCUACUAUAGAAGAACUUAACAAUUAUAAACAAAAAUGUUAAACACUGUAGACACUCCUUAAGGAAAAAUGUUAGGAGUAAAUAUUUUCAGUUAUUUAUUUAUUUCACAUUAUUCUCUAAUUUAUUUUUAUGUAAAUAUUUUUAUAUGAAUACUUAUUCCCUUAUAUUUUCCCACGAUAUAAAAGAAUUUUUGGAAAACAGAGGAUUAUAUUAUAUUAAUUAAGCUUCUCUCACAUAAAAUUAAUUAUGUUUUGUGGCGGAUAUAAGAAUAUAAAGCAUCUGUAUCACUUUCUGAAUUGUGAAUUGGAUUUAGGUAAUUUUUAAAUCUUAAAAAAAAGUUGUUAUGAUUUUUAAUAGCUUUUUCUACGCCUAUUGUAGACAUCUUUUGCAAAAAAGAAUAUGUUUUCGUAAUCUACAAAAAAUAAUAAAUUUUGCGAAUAUACAAAUUUAAUAUUUCAAAGUUAAUAUUUAUAAUUUAAUAUUUUAAAGUCUUUUUUUUUAAUUUGAAAAAUUUUGGAAUAUCGGAUCUUUUUUUGGCUUUAAUUUUGAAAAUUUCGAAGAUGUUACAAAAAGGCGUUCGAAAUUGGCAUACUUAUGGCCAGCGCACAAUAACUUUUGUUUGUAAAUAUGUUCUCAAAGUUUCCUAUGAGAAUGAGCGAGAUGACUAGAUCUAGACCACACUCACUCUCAUUGAAAUGUCGAAACAUGUUUACAAAACAAAAAUUAUUAUGCGUUGGGCAUUACUGAUUACUUAAAUAUUUUCAAUAUUUAAACAUAGAUACCGGGUGACUUGGGGUGACUGCCUCCCAGGGAUGACUUUGACACCCUGACAACCAUGUACACCUGUGAAGAUUCUUCUCAAAUGCUAGAAUUAAAGAAAAGCUUACGACAAGGGGGAGAUAUUAGGGUUGGAAGUGGUGUACGGUUGAAAAUGAAGUGCUGGGAAGCCUUUGGAAGUGGAUGUGCCCGAUUAUAAAGUCUUUUCUGCCUAUUUUUCCAUAUUUUUCAGACUACGCUACUGUUACAUUGGAUUUUUAAUUCGAACGGCAGUGUAAUUUUAAAAGAUCUUUUUUGACAUUUUACAAGUUGUGUUAUGACAAUGAAAUGGAGCAAAUAUGCUCAAAUUUAUUACAGCUUAAUUUGUGUUGUAAUUUUUCUGAGGAAAUAUUCAGCUGAAUAUUAGUUUUCUUUAAUUUUUACAAUUAUUUCAAAUUCAUAUAGUUCCUCACAAAUAAUGAUUAGCUAUUGCAAUUGACUUUGAAUCAAUUUGAUAUAUUUUUUUAAUUUAUCGUAAUAUGUAUUGGAUGAUUGAAUAAAUUCGUGGGACUUUUUCGCAAAUGUAGUUAAGGGGUAUCCCAUAGAACACAUCCAACAUUUUUUUUUGUUUACGUUUUUGCAUAAUGCUAUUACGUCUCUUCAAAAGUAUUGUUCAAAAAGGUCGAUUUGUGCUUUUGAGAACUUUUACAAAAUGAGAAACGAAAAGGAACAUUUGUAAUAUUUUGUGUUUGCGUAAUUUUGAAUAAAUCUAAGUGAUGAACUUCCGUAAAAAAUAAACAUUUUGGAGAUUUAUUUAGAUCGUGUCCUUGCUCUAAAUAAAUAUGAUUAAAAGUGGCUUUGAAAAUUUCGAAAUAGGGAUUUAGUCUUCGAAAUAUCAAUUCCAUUUUAAACGGUCUCUAAUAUUGAUGGCUAUAUUGUAAGUAUCCUAAUGGAAGAAAAUUUUUCGAUAACAAUUGAAGAGAUUAUUAAAAUGUUGAAAAAUAAUUUUGGAGAAAUUUCUCUUCUUCUUCUUCUACUUUAAUUAGGCAAAUGCCUGUUUUUUCCACAGUAGGGCUACGGAUUAUUUAUCGUGAUUGAGUGUUUGAAGGUGCCAUGGUACUGAGAAAUUUCUCUAAUACAACAAUAACGGAAAAGGUCCUGCAAAAAAUAGCCAAGCUUGUUGCAAAAGUUAAUUAGCAAUCAUUAAAAACCUUUCCCAAGAAUGCAAAACGUUUCAAUUUUAAAGAAUUUUGAAACCAUGGAGAGAAUCAAGCUUAAUAAAAUGUGCAGAUACAUCUGAAGUGCUGAAUUACUUGUGCUUUUGGAGUCUUACAGACUUUCCAGCACAGCGUCAAUAAUUGCAAACGACAAUACAUUUUUUUAGAGACUCUAUUUCCCAAAUGUAGCUUCACUGAUCUCUUAGGAAAAUUCAAAAUAUAUUGAUACCCCUUCGUAAAACAAAGAUAAUAUUAAAUUACUGAAAGUAUACAAGAAUAUCUGUCUUGUUAUAAUAAUAAAUAUCUUGAGAUAUUUUUUAAUGUUUUCUUAAUUAGAUUUCUCGUAGGAUUAAAUAAAUUUUAUUGAUUAGUAAGUGUAAGAAGUGCAGGAAGUGCUGAAAGUAUUGCAGCAUUUUCGAGAGUGUUGCGAAAUUUUGGAAAUGCGCAGGGCUAUUCCAUGCAAAUUGUGGAAGUGUCUGGAAGUGGUGUACACAUUUUUACCCUAAUAUCUCCCCCUUGGCUUACGAACAACAGGGUAGAAAAACUAUCCCUGGAGGUUAAAGUCACUGGCAUCUGUACUAAAAUUUUUAUUUCAAAUAUUGCUAAUGUUUUGAAAAUUUCAUUUUCAGUGAAAUUUAUCCAGAAUAUAAAAAAAAUGGUUGAUGUCGCAAAACAAUUGAUAUUCACCUUCAAAUAAAUGAUUCAUUGUUUUAUUUUGUGCAGAAAUGCAAACAAACUAAGCCACAUACACACAUAUUCAACAGGUGUGUUAAGAGGAAAAAAAAUAUCACAAAAUAAACUCAAUACAUCUUCCUGUAGAAAAAAAAUCCAAAGUGUAUUUUAGAGAUAAUUUUAUUUUGUUGAAUAGAAUGAUUUUUUUUUAAAACUCAUUUUGUGAUUAACAAAAUAUGUUCACAAUAAAAAAAUUAUAAUUAAAUAGAAA